UAUGAUAUUUAAAAGUUUUUUUUUAGUUUAAUGUUUAGGGUAUUCUAGGGAUUUCUAACCUAUUUUUGUUUAGUUGGUAGCUUUGUGACAGAAUAGCCAGAACAGCAUCAGAACAGAUACAAUAGGGCGUUCAUAGCACGUGUUCCUGAUCUUCCUUUACUUUAUCAAAAAAAGUGUCGUAAUCAUUAAUUAAUGGAAUAACAUAUAUAAUACAUUUGGUUAUAUGAACUAAACAUAACCAAACCGAAUUUGAUUGUUCGAUGUGUGGAAAAUAUUUUUCGAGGCGAGAUAACUUGUACGCACAUCAAAGAUUACUUCAUGGACUAGCUAUUAAACCUAGAUAUCAAGCGCCACCACUAUCAACUAUUAAACCUCAAUCCAAUUUUGAGAUGCGAGUUCCUACUUCAUUUUCAUCAUCUACUACUACUUGUACUAAACGCCGUCGAGAUUCAACACCACCACAUUCAGUUACCAGGAAGAAAGAUCAGUGGGGGGAGUAUGACACUCCCAGAUCACCUUCACCGGAGCAAGUAAUUCAUGAGGAUUACAACAACGAAUUUGAAACACCAAAAUUAUGAAGGAAUUUGCCAAAUGCUCCAAGCAAUGAACUUCCGGGAUUAUCAACAGAAUAUUUUUUAAGGAAAAAUUGUGAACAAUUAUCUACAAUUUUCGAUUUGUUAUCUAAAAGUUGCGAUAAAUUGAA